GCGUAUCUAUGGUUUGCGCGCGGUGGCCUGUGGGAAGGCGGAGGAGUUAUGGCGGAGGUGCUGGACGCGCGCGCGUAGCGGCCCCGGGAUCGGAGUGGGGCAGUGGCGGGGUGGGACUCGCUGUGUCUGAGUGAUUAAGAUGACAACAGCAGCUAGGCCAACAUUUGAACCUGCAAGAGGAGGAAGAGGAAAAGGAGAAGGAGAUUUAAGUCAGCUCUCCAAACAAUAUUCCAGCAGAGAUCUUCCUUCUCAUACUAAAAUUAAAUACAGACAGACCACCCAGGAUGCCCCUGAGGAGGUGCGUAAUCGCGACUUCAGAAGAGAACUGGAGGAGAGAGAACGAGUUGCUGUAAGAGAAAAGAACAGAGACAGACCAGCAAGAGAGCACACCACAUCCUCUUCAGUGUCUAAGAAACCUCGAUUAGAUCAGAUUCCUGCAGCAAACCUUGAUGCAGAUGAUCCACUCACAGAUGAAGAUGAUGAAGAUGAGGAUUUUGAUGAAGAGAGUGAUGAUGAUACUGCAGCUCUUCUGGCUGAACUAGAAAAAAUAAAAAAAGAGAGAGCUGAGGAGCAGGCCCGAAAGGAGCAAGAGCAAAAGGCUGAAGAAGAGAGGAUUCGAAUGGAAAACAUCCUGAGUGGCAACCCUUUACUAAAUCUUACAGGCCCAGUGCAGCCUCAGGCAAACUUCAAAGUGAAGAGAAGAUGGGAUGACGAUGUUGUUUUCAAGAAUUGUGCCAAGGGAAUAGAUGAAAUAAAAAAGGACAAAAGAUUUGUAAAUGAUACUCUGCGAUCUGAAUUUCACAAAAAGUUCAUGGAAAAAUACAUCAAGUAGUACAGUUUUAUGUGCUCCAUUGCUGAAAGACUCAAAGGGUCAAGGUGACUUCCCCUCUGUGGUGUACCUCCCCCCCCAAAAAAAAUAAUGGCUGAAAAUUGUCUCCUGCCAUGAAUUUCCAAAUGCUUUUCCAAGGUCAUUGACAGCUUUUUAAUUGUCACCUUGUAUCUGGAGUGUUUUAUCCUUUUCAGCAUCCUUUUUUUGUUUUAACUAAACCUGUUUCUGUUUAAUUCAGUGGAUAUGCAUUUACUUUUAAUGGCCUUCAUGUAAAUGUUGGAAGAGAGGCUGGUUUACAAUAAAUACUUUAAUUGUCUAAAUACUGUUUCUUGGGAAGCAACCUGUAUGUAAUAUGGAGAUUUGUAAUUUAUGCAGCUUAUGUAAAUUUUCAUAUUCUUAAAGGUAAGUGAAAUUCUACAUGCUAGAAGAGAGUACUGAAGUUGCCUUUUUAUGCGUGACAUUUAAUUAUCUUCCUUCCUCUGAUUGGCUAAUUGAAAUCCAAUAUGAACUCCCUAUCUGACAUCUUAAAUAUUGAGUGUUUCCCUGAUGUAGCAGUUGAGGAUGUGGUCUGACUGGAUAGCUCCUGGCUGUUUAAAAAUUCUGUUUUCAUCUAUAUCAUGAGUUCAGCCUGAUUCACUGCCUUUCCACAAGGAGCGUCCAGCAGGUGUGCGAUGAAGUGGUGUUCUCCCUCUAGCCAGGGAAUUCCAUUCUCUGUAAUCUUGUGUUCCUAAACUCCAAUCUUGUAGUCAUAGCUACAUGGAUGCAAGGUUGGAAGAGCUCAAUCCUGCAAUAUUUAAAUCUAGUUUCAAAGGUGGCACCCAACCUAGUCAUCACACUAAAUUUUUUUUUUUUUUAAGUCAGUUUGAACAAAACUCAGAAUAUAUGUGGGAGAACUUUUCUGUUAAUUCAGAGGAUAUCACAGUCUGUACAAUGUUCUUCAGCUAUCAGAAGAAUUUUAUUCUCUUUUGUGAUCACUGUCACAUUUGAGAUGCAUAUACAAAAGGAGGCCGAGUCACACAUUGGAUUGAAAUACCGUCCUUUUAUCUCUGGAUACCUGAGUUCAAAUCCUGAUUUAGGUCACGAGUGAAAGUGUUCAAUGGUUUCCUACUCACUAUUAGUAUUCAUUUCAAACCUCCAUAUACGAUAACAUGAUUUGAAAUCUCUGCUUGAGAGAUCUUAGAAUGGAGUAGAAGUUAUUACAGGUCAGGAAGGAUUUAAGGUGCCAUUAUAUAGAGUUUUUGCCUGGUUGCCUGCCCAUGCUAUAUCUCGCCAUUUAGCCCUGUUGUUUCUAUAGCGCCAAUGUUGCUCACAAUCUCUUCCUUAAAAAUUAAUUGCAUGUUUUCAAAGUGAUGGUCAGGGGUUUUGAAAUUUCAGGACAGAUAUUUCAGUCUUUUUGUUAUACAUGGUUUUUAAAUGGCAUCCUGUUAAACUACUGUAUUUGAAGCAUAUUUGUAUUCCCUAGGCAAUUACAUUAGUUUUUGUAUUUUUUCCCUUUUUUUAAUGGUAAGACAAGAUGAACCAGUCAGGGCUAAACUAUCUAAACAGGUAAUGUCAGUAUAUACAUAGAACAAGGAAUUUUAUAUGCACUUUUAAAAGCCAUAUUGAGACAAAUUUAUUUCACUUGGAAUUAAGGAAAGAAUACUUGCUGAUUUUGCUCAUGUUACCUGUCUUUUGGCGAUGAUGGUGGUUUUGGAAGCAGGAGAUCGGCCAUAGUUCCUAAUGAGCACACAUUAAAAAGUUAAUGUUUGAGUUAAGAGCAGUGAGUUAGCAAAAUUAGGCAGUGAGGAAGCCAGCUGUUGCUUAGAUCUGACCUAACAAAAUGAUGUUGUCAUCGCAACAACAAAAAUACUUAACUCUAGGCAAUAUUACAAGAUAUACAAUACAGUUAAGCCAAAAGUGAGUAAGUAAAUAUGUUAGGGAAAGAAAAUCCUUAAGAUGUGGUUUUAUAUCUAGUUCAGUGUCUUUGUAGAAGUGUAUAUGUUUAUAUUCCCUUUAUGGAUCUUUGAAACACUGUAGCCCUUUUUGUAUAUAGAAGAGUGAUCUCUUGUACUGACUUACUACUUUUAAGCUGCCAAAGGACCCUUGUUCUGUGAGCUUUGUAGCUACAUGAGAUUAUCCUAUACAAAUAAAAAUAAAAAUCAGAUUAAUCUCUGAAAUUUUAUAAUUA